AUGGCCAAGUUAUUUGCUAUUGUACUCCUUGCACUUGUUGCUAUUUUCAUGCUCCAAAUACCAGUCAUGGCAUCAAAGGGGAACUAUGGUUAUCAGUUGAGGAAGGGAGGACAUGGUCCUGGCAGCUUGAAGAGCUCCCAAUGCCCCUCGCAAUGUUCGAGGCGGUGCGGGCGGACCCAAUACCACAAGCCCUGCAUGUUCUUUUGCCAAAAGUGCUGCAGAAAGUGCCUUUGCGUGCCUCCGGGGUAUUAUGGGAAUAAAGCUGUUUGCCCCUGCUACAACAAUUGGAAGACCAAGGAAGACGGGCCCGUCAAUGGUGAUGAUUCUGACGGUCGGUACGGGCCGUGGCUAUUGGCAAAGGCGUCGAAGCGGGCGUCACCACGAACUAAGAAUGGAGCGCAGGGAACCCCAGAAUCUGGUCGGGGUUCGGGUGGUCCGCGGUUUUCUGGCUUUCGGUUUGGUGUAUUGAGGGAUAAUACGGUGGAGUCGGCCCCGAACCCGACUACUGCUGAUGGCGGGAGACUCGUGGCAGACUUGGGGUUGAAUGGUGGCUCUUUCUCGAGGGGGGCUGAUACUGAAUGGCGGAAGGGUAAGGGGAAGAAGACGACUGCGAGUGGGGCUGUGUCGGCGCCGGUGUCACGGCUGACAGUGGGGAGUCUUCGGGGGCUCCUAAAGGUUCCAUGGUCACAGGCCCUGUUGGGGUUAAAAGUCCCUCGCAGAGUAGAGUUGAUUCCUCUCUAUUUGGUGGACACUUGGCUAAGGCUAACUUGGACAUACCACAACAUCUGGUCUCCGAGAAACGGGGUCAGGUUCGGAAAAUUCGGGAUCGGAAACGGACGGGUGAUAUUCGGAUGCACGGAAACGAACCAAUACGGACGGUAA